AUGGAGGACGCUGAGAUCGUGGAUAAGAUCUUGCGACAGAUCAUGCUCACGGACUUUACUGUCACUGUUGUACCUGAUCAACCGAUCUCACUUUUUGAAACAACUAUUCGCUAUCUUGGAGGUCUUUUAUCUGCUUAUGAUCUAUUAUCUGGAUCUUACAAGCACCUCGCCACAGACAUGUAUCUGAGAAACAACCUGCUAAAAGCAGCUAUUAUUCUCGCAGACAGACUCAGCAUUGCCUUUGAUACACCUUCCGGUAUUCCAGACGAUGAGAUCAUUUUCAACCCUCAGCUCCGCCGCUUCGGCAACAUUGACAACUCCAUCACUUGCUUUGGCACACUUGUUCUCGAAUGGACCCGACUAAGUGACCUUACCGGUAAUCAGACAUAUGCCAAGCUUGCGCAGAGAGCCCAAGAUCAUUUAAUCCAUCCCAAGACUAAACAGUCUUUCACGCUCCCGGGUCUGAUUGGGACUUACGUCAAGCUCAAAGAUGGGUAUUUUGGAGAUUACCAAGCUGGCUGGGGCGGUGGCUCGGAUAGUUACUACGAGUAUCUCAUCAAGAUGUAUGCAUACGAUCCAGUUGCUUUUGCUGAGUAUGGAGAAAGCUGGAUCAAGGCGGCUGAGUCGUCGAUGCUGUAUCUGGCUUCUUCGCCAUCGACGAGGCCUGAUCUAACGUUCCUGGGAGAGAUGCGUGGCAACACCAUGAUUCCGAUUUCUAGCCACUUGGCAAGCGUUUGCGGCGGCUCGCUGAUCCUGGGCGGGCUUCUUCUACAGAACCAAACCUUUGUUGACUUUGGCGUCAAGCUCUCGGAGUCAUACUAUGAUGUCUACCGUCAAAGUCCAAGCGGUAUCGGUCCUGAACUGUUCCGCUGGGUCGACGAUGGCCGCCAACCCCUCGCAAAAGCAUCAUCCAAACGUCUCCCCGCGCCAAAAUGGCAAUCAUUCUACGAGAAGAGCGGAUACUACCAUACCAACGCCGAAUACAUCCUCCGCCCAGAGACAAUCGAGAGUCUGUACUACGCCUACCGCGCCACCGGCGAUCGCAAGUACCAAGACUGGGCAUGGGAAGCGUUCGAGGCUUUGAACAGGAUGUGCAAGGUUGAGGGAGGAUACACAGGCUUGAAGAGUGUUAUGAAGACAAAGGACGAUAAGACGAGGAAUUUUGUGGAUAAGAUGGAGAGUUUUUGGUUGGCGGAGACGUUGAAGUAUUUGUAUUUGAUGUUUGCGGAGGAUUCCGAGUUGCAGGUCAGGAGUGAUGGGAAGAUGAAGUAUGUGCUUAACACGGAGGCUCAUCCGCUGCUUGUACGAGGGAAAUAG